AUGUACAAGCAUGGAAAAGAGUAUGAAAACAAUCACAAGCGUGUUUCUGGAGACGAAAGAUCGUUAUCACACGCACUGCAUCCUCACCAAAUGGCUACGGAUUGCCGAACGUACGCUGUUUUCCCCAACACUGUGCGCAAUCUUUUUGAAAACACGAAGUGUAAUGCGAGCUCUAUUUUGGAGAAUCUCAAGGCUCAAGGCAUUAACAACUUAGUAACCAGAGACUUGCACAACAUCAGGCAACAACAUUUCAAACCAAAGAAAUCCGAAUCCAGUGAAGUUCUCAACUUUGUCAACAACUUGAAAAUAAAGGAUUAUAUUGUCAAGGUUAGAGCCAAUUCCGACAAUGCCGUUGACAUGGUUUUUUUUUUUUUUGCAGAAUCUGAGGCAAUUGCGGAAGCUCGUCGUAUGCCUGAGUGCAUUGUAAUUGAUGCCAUGUACAAGACCAACUCCCACGGGUUGAUGUUGCUCAACACUGUUGGCACGAGUAACACUACAGGAGACGUAAGAGAUACCUUAACAACGUAUCAUAUUGCGGGAGUGUGGAUAAAACAUGAGAAAACCGAGAACUAUUUGUGGGUUCUGCAAAUGUUCAAGGAUUCUGUGUUUCCUGACGCUCUGGUUGCAAAUACCUCUUUGGAGCUUUCAAAUGUGUUUGUGUUGCGGAUACUUAAGGAUUAUAGCAAUAAGUAUAGAAUAAUUAUAGUCAUGUUAAGCAUAACCUGA